AUGGCCGCCAAGCUAGGUUUACCGAGAUUCUUAACCGUCCAGCUCAGAAAGCCGUUCAUGUCCGUCUCUUCUUUACCGUCUUCUGCUCCCGGAGCUCAUUCGAUCGAUUUCGGAGCCGGAAAGUUGUGUUUCGGCGGCAGACGAGUGGUUGUUGUUCCUAAAGCUACCACCGAUCAGCCUGGUCAGGUUCAAGAAGGUGAAGUUGUUGAUAGCAAUGUCUUGCCUUAUUGCAGCGUUGAUAGAAAACAGAAAAAGACUAUAGGGGAAAUGGAACAAGAAUUUCUUCAGGCGCUUCAGGCUUUCUAUUAUGAAGGAAAAUCUAUCAUGUCUAAUGAAGAAUUUGAUAAUCUCAAAGAAGAACUCAUGUGGGAGGGAAGCAGUGUUGUAAUGCUAAGUGCUGAUGAACAGAGAUUUCUGGAAGCUUCAAUGGCAUAUGUAUCGGGGAACCCACUUAUGUCUGAUGAAGAAUUUGACAAACUAAAACAGAAACUUAAGAUGGAUGGGAGUGAAAUUGUUGCUGAGGGUCCUCGAUGCAGUCUCCGCAGUAGAAAGGUUUACAGUGACCUUAAUGUUGACUACCUCAAGAUGUUUCUUCUGAAUGUUCCAGCUGCAGUUGUUGCAUUAGGAUUGUUUUUCUUUCUGGAUGAUUUGACUGGAUUCGAAAUUACCUAUCUCUUAGAGCUUCCGGAGCCUUUCAGUUUUCUUUUCACUUGGUUUGCAGCAUUGCCCCUCAUACUAUGGUUAUCAUUCACCAUAACAAAUACCAUUGUGAAAGAUUUUCUGAUCCUGGUGGGCCCCUGUCCGAACUGUGGCACGGAAAACACUUCAUUCUUUGGUACCAUAUUAUCGAUAUCUAGUGGCGGUUCAAUAAAUAACGUAAAAUGCUCAAAUUGUGGGACUGCGAUGGUGUACGAUUCUAAGACACGACUAAUUACAUUGCCUGAAGGAAGUGAGGCAUGA